CCCAUCAUCUAUCUGUUAACAUGCUUUCCCGCUAGUUUACAGCCUCUCUUACAACCCCAGCCUAAAGGCCCGUACACACCGGGAAAGUAGAAGUUUCAAGCCGGAUUCCAGCUCGGACAAGGAAAACAAAGGUGUGCAUGGAUCUAGUAUACUAAAAGUGAAUAUAGUGGAAUGGAGCGGAGCAGGGAGCUUGUUGCCCCGCCCAGCCUUUUUUUUUUAAUGUCACAAAUACUAUUUUUCGUCCGCUCCUUAUUCACAAUUAUUUGAAUAAAGAAAUAAUCUGGUUUAAUUUCCUUGAUAUAUUUCCUACAACCAAUUCCACAUAAAUAUUAAAAACAGCCUUUUCAUCGUAGCGGGUCUUUAAAGCCCAUUUGUGAGGGGAAAAGCCAAUUUGACAUGGUAUGGCGGACAAAAACGUGGUUGUUGUGUGCAGCUCAGAAUAUUUAUGGUGUGUUGUGUCGAAGGCUUCUCAUAUCAAUAAAUUACCUGAAAUUGUAGCAUUGUUUUCUUAUUUUUACACCAUACGGAUAUAUGAAUGAGAAUCCGUGCGUUAUAAGUUGCCACAAAAAGAAAAAGGAGUACUUUGAACAGCUGCCAAACACAAAAACACAAAGGUUGGAUUUUUACCACGAGUACGUGAACGCCGCAAUGAUUCAAGAAGAGGAAUGUCCUCGGGAAGUAACCCGACCGGUGAUUGGCCCAACCGAGUCACGUGUCUGUUUCCCAAGCGGAGUUUCCACGACAGCUGGAAGCCGAGCGGCGCGGAGCGGCGCAUCGCUUCUUCCCUGAAAUAAUAGACAAAAACUGGACUCCUGCUUGUCUCAGCUUCUCCCGAUAAACCCUGCUCUGGCAUGGGCGACAAGAGGAGCCCCACAAGGCCGAAGCGUCAACUGAAGCCUUCCUCCGACGAGGGGUUUUGGGACUGCAGCGUGUGCACAUACAAGAACACAGCGGAGGCUUUUAAGUGCAUGAUGUGUGAUGUCAGAAAGGGAACAUCAACAAGGAAGCCUCGUCCCGUCUCCCAACUUGUCUCCCAGCAGCAGGUAACGCAGCAGUUUGUGUUGCCGUCUCAGCCCAAAAAAGAGAAAAAGGAAAGGGUCGAGAAGGAGAAGAGUGACAAAGAGCCGACACUCAAGAAGAACAGUAAUAAGAAGAUGAGGCCCAGAUUAAAAAACAUUGACAGGAGCAGCGCCCAGCACCUGGAGGUGACGGUUGGAGACCUGACGGUCAUCAUAACGGACUUUAAGGAGAAGCCCAAGCCAUCCGCCGCCUCGGCCACUUCCUCCGGUUCCGCCUCGUCGGCCGAUCAUCACAGCCAGAACGGCUCCAGCUCGGAAACCACAGAGAGAGGGCUUUCCCGUUCGUCGUCGCCUCGAGGAGAAGGAGGCUCAGUCAACGGGGAGUCCCACUGAGUCACUCCUUCAGACAAACGUCACCCUAAUCCCCCACGUGUUCCUCACCUUCCUGCAGUUCCACAUGUUUUUUUAGUUCGUUCCUAACUCUUACCUCAGGUGGACCUUGUUUUCUUCUGACCUGGCGUGUUACAUCUGCUGAAGGAUUCUUCCAACAGGUGGAAGUCAGUAAUUCCGGAGCCUUGCAAAAACCUAUUUUUUGGGGAAAAAAAUAUUUUGUGACAUUGAAAAAGGAUGCCAGUCCCAUGUAGAGCCGCCAGAACCUUUACUUCUAGACAGUUUGAUCCUAAUGUGAGGCUUCCUCAGAACUGACGUAUGGAUGGGACUAGAAGUUUUGGACAAACUUCAGACAGAGCUGGAUCCUCCUCUGGAAACGCUGUGGCAAUGGGCCAUCAGGACGACCAUUUUCCCCCCAAAACUAUUUCUGUUUUCUGGCUGGAACCUUUACUCAUCUAAUGGAGAAAGAAAUAAAAGUGUCCCUACACUGACACCAAACCCUUACUCUUUCGUAAUCUUGAUACUCAAAGCUUUUCCUUCUGGAUUGCCUCUGGUGUCGGAUAGCUUUUUCGUAGAGUGUGUGCUCCUGGCUCUGUGUGAACCAUUUACAUGUAAUAUGAAACAGGUUUCAUCUUAAAGAAAUGAUUGUAAUUUUGCAUAUUGAGAUACCAGUUAGAAGGAUGCAGUGAUUUAAAAUUAAAACUGAAGGUUUGGAGCGUUCACUAUCUGGAGAAAUUCGUUGGCAUAUUUACAAUACCUGUAACUCCUGGAGAAAUUCUCUUUUCAAGAUCUCCCACAAGCAACUUGAAUUCAUACUCUGAGGGGUUUUAUUCUCUGACAUUGACCAGAUUCUAUUUUCAGCUAAUUUGAUGUAUUACUGCACUAUAAGGCGCACCGGAUUAUUAAACACACCAUCAAUAAAUGGUCUAUCAAACCUAAGUCGUAUAUAAACUGUUAGGCUAUAAACUGUAAGCUAUAAGGUGCAUUAAGCGGGACAAAAGAGCCAGAGAUAAGUCCGUCAGACUUUAAAAACAAACACACUUCAUGUUAGCCACAUUUGAAGCGUUAGCAUAUUUACAAUACCUGUAACUCCCAACCUUGUUAGCAUCACGUAAAAUAAAACCAACUGAUGCAACUAAAACAAACAUUACUGUGACUACACUAACUCCCAACCUUGUUAGUAACAUAAAAAAAGUCCGACAAUGCUACACGUUAACCGUAUUAGCGUAGAACACUUGACCAUUUUUGCAUCACAUAAAAAAAAACAAGACUGAUACUGCUAAAAAAAACGUUAAUGCAACUACGCUGACUCUCCACUUUUUUAGUAAAAUGUAUAAAAACAUUCUAACAGCUACAUGUAAACCACAUUAGAAGCAUUAGCGGUGUUACCAUAUGCACAAUACCUGUAACUCUCAACCUUGUUUACACUACAUAUAGAUAAAACAGACUGAUACCGCUAAAACAAACAUUUCUGUGACUAUGCUAACUCCCAACUUGGUUAGUAACAUUUAAAACAACAGUCGGACAAAGCUACAUGUUUGCCCCAUUAGCGUAUUCACAAUACCUUUUAACUCCAAACAAAGUGUUUGCAACACUUAAAAAAAACAGACUCACUAAAACAAGUGUUACUGUGACUAUGCUGACUCCCAACCUUGUCAGUAACACGUUAAAAAAAUAAAUAACAGUGACACAGCUUCACGUUAGCCCCGUUAGCAUAUUUACACCAAACCUUGUUUGCAACUUGUACAAAAAAAAAAAGACAUUUUGACAGAGCACUGCGUACCUCUAAAAAACAUCAGUAAACAUAACUAACAUUAACUCAUAUGAAAGCCAUUCCAGAAUAUAAGAAGCACUGUCAUUUUUGGAAUAGAAAUAAGGCUUUUAAGUGUGUCUUAUAGUGCAGAAACUACGGUAGUCUAUUGAAGUGUGAAAAAAUUUGCCCUGAAUGGCAACUGUCAUUUUGCAGUGGGGGCACUGGUCUGCGUUGAUUAAAAAAAAAAAAAAAAGUUAGCAUCACACCUAAAGAAACCUUAGAUCGCUUUGGCGUUCACCUGUUCCCCUUAGUGCUACUGCAGUUAGCAUGGAUUCACUCGGCUUGUUGCUUCUUUCAACAUGAAAUGCGCUGGGGAAAAAAAGAAAGUAGUCAAAGUUUGAGGCAGUAGGAUAAUGUUUCAAAAGUUUCUUGGGUUGUGUCCAAAUUCCCUCACUACUUGGUGCACUAUAAAGAGCGGUCGCUAUUUUUCGGGGUGUCCCCAACUUACAAUUCCUGUAUCCAGUACCCUGGAAAUAUCCCAGAAGUCUCUGCUAAACUAAUGUGCAUGGAUGCUGAUUGAUUGGCAAACGUAGACCACAAUGCAUUACGUUUGAAUAAUUAGAAAAAAAAAAAUGUAUGUUCAUUCUUUUUUUUAUUUUUAUAAACCAUCCAAGUUAUCUUUGCAAAAUACUUGUAUUUAUUAGAAUUUUACUUAGGCAAAUGUGUGACAUCAUAUUUUCCAUUUUAAAAAAAAAAGUAAAAAAUAGUGGAUAUGUGUCCGAAUUGUUAAAAUCCAGGGGAGUAGAUAGUCCCGCACUAUCAUCUUUCACAGGUUAGGGAGUAAGUCGGGAAUUUGGACAUAGCCUGGCUUUCAUGUCACGCUUAAAUUGUUGUAUCCUGUUUACAGAUCAUGAUUAAACAGAAACCAUGUUUGCCAUUCAGAACAUCUUGAUAUAAAUGUCCAAAUUCUCUCAUUUGUGCUUUCAGUUCAUGUGCUUUUACUUUUAUGACCAUAUAAGGCAGAAUCCCUUCUGGUUGGCUUCCUUUUCAAAGACACUUUCGACUCGGUCAGGAAGACGAAAGGAGAAAGACGGAGAAGUGACUAAACGGAACUGCGCUCAUUUGACGUCUCCGCAGAAAAGCACAGGAGACAGACCCCGCUUCAUAUCCCCCCCCAAUCUUCCCCCUUUUUUGGAUACCAAUUGGGGAGAAAAAAAACUGACUUCUUGGAUGAACUUUUUCCAACCAUAGGGGGGAGUUUUGAGUUGGACUGGUAAAGCAGAGAUUUAGAGGAUAUUUAACUCUCAAAGAACAACCGUACACAGUAACUUAUAAAACCUGUAGAAUAAAUACAAAGAUGACACAUAUUUCUAAAUAUUGUACUACAGCUGGGUUUUUUUUGUUUUGUUUUUUGAUGUGGUGUUAUUACUUAUCAUUUCAGUGUUGUUGAGAUUUUUACCAACCAUUUUAGCACACAUCCUGAGAAUUGUCAUGGCAUGAUGAUAUUAAAGUCUAUAUAUAUUUUGUGGGACGGGCUGUGUUUAUUAGUUAGUGUUGUUAAAUGUGGUUCCUUGUUUAAUGUGUUUUAUGCCGCGUUCACUACUCUAGCUGGGACUAGGUGUGUGAACUGUAGAAAGGACUGUUUGAUAAGGAAAAGUCAAUUUUUAUUUUUGUUUGUUUCCACAUUUUUUUGUUUUUGUCUGAACAUGUGUGAACUUGUCUGUUUAAGAAAAAUGACAAACUAGAGGUAUUUUGUCCAUUUUUUAUUGUGUAAUGAGUUUAUUUUCCUCUUUUUUUAAACAACUUUUGAAUUCUUUAAAAUAUGUUUGGAUCAUAAAUAAUUGUGCCUAAUUUUUUCUCAUUUGCAUUCAAUUAAAGUUAUGGUUAAAAUGAAA